AUGGGGAAAAAGGGAAGAGAAGCUGGAAGAGCUCUCGCGAUACAGGAGUUCAAUGCCAGCGCGUGUGGUCACGUGCCCAACCAAGUGGAGCCACAGUGCACUCCGACGGCAGCUGCCGUCACACGGCGGGACACGCUGGUAGUGCCCCGAGCCAACCAGCAAAGAAGGGCCUCCUGCCAUGGGAACCGGAUCGUGAGCUGCAGACGCGAUCCAGGGGUGACCAAUCAGGAAUGGAUCAUUGGAUCGAGGAACGAUCUAAUGAUCCAGGACGGAUCGCAGGAUCAUGGAAGUAUUCUUCGAUCCAGGUACGGAGGUACCCAGGACUUAGUCACUCGAUCGGGAUUGGCUUGGCCAAUCAAUUCCAAGACCGUUGCACGUUCCUGGAAGGAGAAAGCUCCGCUUGCAGCCCCGCCGCCCCACGGCCCCGUAGUGAAGCAUGCCUCUCCGAUCCGGUCGGAUGCGGUUCGAGACAGAGUGCCCGCUCCCGAAGAGAGAGACGGUGUCGACUUGCAUUCCGGCAUGCCCUUCUGCAGGCCUUGUUCCAUUGCCGACGUCGGAAGCAUCACAUGCAUGUUAAACAACAACAACAGCAACCAACCCUCGCAGACCCCUGACGGGUACCCAUCAACCCCUCAGAACGUUUCGAUGCACCACGAACCCCCGCGCCCAACCGUUCGACGAAUGUGUCACUCCAUAGGCUCUGAAGUCUUAGCGCAACACACCAGCGACUCCCACUUGGUCAACGUCGCGAAUCAGGACCCCCACGUGGGUUUACCUUCUGGCGCGGGGUUCUCAGAUCCACAACACCACGAUGCCAAUCCCCAAAAUAUCGAGGAGGGGGCGAACGAGAGGGGCCGUGGUCGUGUAACGGGCGGCAUCACUAACAAACUGCCGAGAGGUGGAACCAGAGAGUGA